AUGAGGAGCACCCUUGUGCCGGUCCUCGACAGAGCAGCGAGGAGGACGACGACGGAGAACAACCAGUUGGUGGACCUACAGGACGUGUUUAAGAGGUUCAUGUUCGACAACAUGUGCCUGUUGGUCUUGGGAUUCGACCCUCAUUACCUCCCUGCCGUGGAGUCCGAAGGAGGCUGCCUCCCUGAUUGUGAAUGUGGCAAGGCAUUCGACGUGCUGGAGAGGGUGGCGAUCUACCGACACAUAGUUCCCGUAUGCCUAUGGAGGCUUCAACAUCGGCUUGGCAUUGGAAUCGAGGGGGAGUGCUUUCGAGCUUGGAGCACCCUAGAUCAGUUCUUGUAUGGUAACAUCAAGAGGAAGAAGCAAGAAUUAGCGACGAAGCACUCCGUUAGCAAUGAUGAGCAUGAAAGAAAAAAGCUGGAUUUGCUGACACAAGUCUUGGUCAUGAAAGAUGAGGAUGACGGUGGUGAUGAAAAAAUCAUUGAUAAAAAAUACGAUAAGUUUCUAAGGGACAUUACAUUAACGUUAAUCGCAUCCGGGAGAGACUCCAUCACUGCCGCCCUUACUUGGUUGAUAUGGUGUGUGGCGAACCACCCCGCUAUUGAGAAAAAGAUUCUCGAAGAGCUAAGACAAGUGAUGGCAACUCGACGACUGUCAAGUGAUAUUGAUGGAGAAGAAAGAGGAGGAUUUUUCAGAAAUGACGAAUUGAACAAACUUGUGUACCUUCAUGCAACCAUUUGUGAGACACUAAGGUUGUACCCACCUGUACCAUUCGAGCACAAGUGUGCCGUAGAGGCAGAUGUCCUUCCAAGCGGGCACACGGUACGUAAAGAAGAGAGGAUAAUAUUCUCCAUAUACGGCAUGGCCAGAAUGGAGGAGAUAUGGGGAGAGGAUUGCUUGGAGUUCAAACCAGAGAGGUGGAUUUCUGAGAAAGGGACGAUACUACAUGUCCCGUCGUACAAGUUCAUGACCUUCUUGGCUGGAGCAAGGACCUGUUUGGGGAAGAAUAUGUCAUUCACGCAAGUUAAGUCCCUGGCUAGUGCUCUCAUUUGGAACUACAAGUUUGAACUUAUAGAUGAUGGUCCCUAUGGAAGGCCAACAAUUAGUCUGGUGUUGUUUAUGAAAGAUGGGCUGAAGACGAGAGUCUCCAAGAGAGACCACUGA